CAAAAAAGGUAGCUCUGAUUUACCACGCAGUGUUGUUUCCAUGAAGUAUUUUUAAAAUGGUCAAAACGCUCAACAUAAAUGGGAAGCAUAAUCAAUCCCCCUAAACCCCUAAAUCCAAUCCUGCCUACAACGUGUCUUUUUCCAUCUAUCAACUCUUCCUGCUCGAUGCGGCAUCGACACGGAUCGUACAAGCACCUACCCAGCCAGGUUCUUUUUCAAUGGCUUGAGUAGGGAUAGCAAACCCACCUUUCGCCUGUUGAAUCGCAAUUGAUAACCUCGUUAUCCAAUUGAAUCCAACGAAGGGACGGGACGGAACGGAAGCUGGGCUUGGACGUGGACACCGCCGAAGCACAAUCCGCUCUUAUCCAAUUGAAAUAUGUUGCUGCGACAGCAAUAGCACCGACCGGCUCGGCGCGGCGGCAGCAGCAGCAUGAAUGGCAUGUGUGAAUUGAUAAGAUCGGAUUCUCAAGUGGCAGUCGGCGCGGCGCUGGCCCCGCGUGCCGGACGAAGAUCCACCCAUCCAUCCGUUCAUCCAUAGGGCCAUUUCGAUGCCGCACAGGUUUGACCCAGAUGGGACUCGGUGCCGUGUGCCAGUUUUGUCCAACUCGUCGUCGGUGGCAAGAUAAGCGUCGUCGUCAUCGUCGGGACGAUUUGCGGAAGUAGUGUCCGUAGUUUUUUUUUUCUUUCUCGUUCGCCGUUUAUUCAUACACGUUGGUGUCAGGGAUUGUGACGAUUAAUUGAAAGUGGCAUUAUGGUGGUUCUUUUUUUUCAUGCUUUACUGGUGUAGGUGAAUAAUUGAUUCAUGCAUGUGAUAACGACGUGACGAUGAAGCGACACUAUAUGGACGUGCUAUGAAUAAUCUGGUUGUGUCAGCGACUACCAUAUGCAGUAACCUGACGGCGGUGGCAAACCAGACAGACGGUCCGGGCGAUGGCGGAGGUAGUGGUGGUGGUGGCGGUGGCACAGGACAUGACGAUGGCGACGAUGACGACGUAGACGCCUUAUCGCCCCUGUCGAUGUCGUGUCUUGGUGUAUUCCUAUCGAUUGUGAUAUUUCUCUCCGUAGCCGGUAACAUCCUAGUGUGUAUAGCAAUCUACACCGAGCGCAGUUUGCGGCGGAUCGGGAACCUCUUCCUGGCGUCGUUGGCCAUCGCCGACCUGUUCGUGGCGUCGCUGGUGAUGACGUUCGCCGGUGUCAACGAUUUGCUGGGCUACUGGAUUUUCGGGGCCCAGUUCUGCGACACCUGGGUGGCGUUCGAUGUCAUGUGUUCAACCGCUUCCAUCCUGAAUCUGUGCGCCAUCUCGCUGGACCGGUACAUCCACAUCAAGGAUCCGCUCAGAUACGGCCGCUGGGUGACGCGGCGGGUUGCCAUCGGGACGAUCGUCGUCAUCUGGCUGCUGGCAGCGCUGGUGUCGUUCGUGCCGAUCUCGCUCGAUCUGCACCGGGACAAGCGGGACGAGACGGACACCUCGCUCAUCAUCAACGGCGUCAAGUACGAAACGUGCGCCCUGGACCUGACGCCCACCUAUGCCGUCGUUUCUAGUUGUAUAAGUUUCUACGUACCUUGUAUAGUAAUGAUCGGGAUCUACUGCAGACUCUACUGCUACGCCCAGAAGCACGUCAAAUCGAUACGAGCGGUGACGAGGCCGGGCGAGAUCAGCGAGAAGCGCUACCGCAGCAUACGGCGGCCCAAGCCGAGCAAGAACAAGCUGAAACUGCGGCAGCUGGCGCACCACGCGUCCUCGCCGUACCACGUCUCGGACCACAAGGCGGCCAUCACCGUCGGGGUCAUCAUGGGCGUGUUCCUGGUCUGCUGGGUGCCGUUCUUCUGUGUAAAUAUCAUCGCCGCGUUCUGCAAGACCUGCAUCGGGCCGCAGACGUUCAAGGUGCUGUCCUGGCUGGGCUACUCCAACUCGGCCUUCAAUCCGAUCAUCUACUCGAUCUUCAACACCGAGUUCCGCGAGGCGUUCAAGCGGAUCCUGACGACCCGGAGCUCCUGGUGCUGCGCGCAGGAGAUGGGCAAUAUCUACCCGCGGCACAGCGACCGCUACGUGACGGACUACGCGGCCAAAAACGUGGUGAUGAACUCGGGCCGGUCGUCGGCCGAUCUCGAACAGGUAUCCGCCAUCUGACCUUACUAGAACAACAUCAACAACACCGAGGUUUAGGGAUAGAGGGACGAGCUUGCCACGGCUCGCUCGUCAAAGGGGCUGCCAGCUGCUCACCACCGCACAUUAAUUGCGCACUUUUUUCAGUAGAAGGUUGUUUUAUGUUGUGUGUUUUGUUCGGAGGAGGUAGGAUGUAGGUUAGACAAUUUAUUUUAUGUUGAUGGGACGUCCGUCUGAAAAGUAUCGGUGAAUGGUUGGUAAUGGAUUUUACUAAGAUAUGAUUGGCUUUGAAAUGCUCAAAUAAUGAUUUCCAGUGAAAAAUUAGUAGUGGAUAACUGGCACUAAGGAAGGUUACAAUCAUUUCAUUUAUUUAGUUAACAUCAAAUUCAUGAUAAAACUGAAUCAACAAUUUGCCGCCAUAAUAGUCGAUUUGCAGCUGCAGCUCUCCAACGUCGGUCACGCCAAACACUCGUCAGAUCACGCUCCACCUGGUCCGUCCAUCGUGCUCUCUGCGCUCCACGCCUUCUUGUACCAACCGGAUGGUUAGCAAACACCAGCUUUGCAGGGUUGUUGUCCGGCAUUCUUGCAACAUGCCCUGCCCAUCGUAUCCUUCCGGCUUUGGCCACUUUCUGGAUGCUGGGUUCGCCGUAGUGCAGCGAGCUCGUGGUUCAUCCUUCUCCGCCACACACCGUUCUCCUGUACGCCGCCGAAGAUCGUCCUUAGCACCCGUCGCUCGAAAUCUCCGAGUGCUUGCAGGUCCUCCUCGAGCAUCGUCCAUGUCUCGUGUCCGUAGAGAACCACCGGACUUAUUAACGUCUUGUACAUGGUACAUUUGGUGUGGGGGUGAAUCUUUUUUGACCGCAGUUUCUUCUGGAGCCCAUAGUAGGCACGACUUCCACUGAUGAUGCGCCUUCGUAUUUCACGGCUCACGUUAUUGUCAGCCGUUAGCAAAGAACCGAGGUAGACGAAUUCUUCCACCACCUCGAAAGUAUCACCGUCUAUCGUAACAUUGUUGCCAAGGCUUGUCCUGUCUCGCUCAGUCCCACCUACCAGCACGUACUUUGUCUUAGCCGCAUUCACCACCAGUCCGACCUUUACUGCUUCGCGUUUCAGGCGGGUGUACAGUUCUGCCACCGUUCCAAAUGUUCUAGCAAUAAUAUCCAUGUCAUCCCCAAAACAGACAAGUUGGCCGGAUUUCGUGAAGAUCGUACCCCGGCUGUUGAGCCCGGCUCGUCGCAUAGCACCUUCCAGGGCGAUGUUGAAUAGUAGGCAGGAAAGUCCAUCACCUUGUCGUAGUCCCUGUCGAGAUUCGAAUGAACUGGAUAGUUCACCCGAAAUCCUUACGCUGUUCUGCACACCGUCCAUUGUUGCUCUUAUCAGUCUGGUAAGCUUCCCGGGAAAGCUGUUCUCGUCCAUGAUUUUCCAUGGCUCUGUGCGGUCGAUACUGUCGUAUACCGCUUUAAAGUCAAUGAUCAGGUGAUGCGUUGGGACCUGGUAUUCACGGCAUUUCUGGAGGAUUUGCCGUACGGUGAAGAUCUGGUCGGUUGUCGACCGGCCGUCGAUGAAACCGACUUGGUAACUUCCCACGAACUCAUUUACUUUAGGUGAAAGACGACGGAAGAUGAUCUGGGAUAGCACUUUGUAGGCGGCAUUCAAAAUGGUGAUCGCUCGAAAGUUCUCACACAUGAACUUGUCGCCUUUCUUGUGGAUGGGACAGAUUAUCCCUUCCUUCCACUCCUCCGGUAGCUGUUCGGUUUCCCAGAUCUUGCUAAUAACUGGUGCAGACAGGUGGCCAACUUUUCCGGGCCCAUCUUGAUGAGUUCUGCUGCGAUACCGUCCUUACCAGCCGCUUUGUUGUUUUUGAGCUGGUGGAUGGCAUCCUUAACUUCCCUCAGUGUGGGAGUUGGUUCGUUCCCGUCCUCUGCUGCACCAACAUAGUCAUUUCCUCCGCUGCCUUGGUCCUCCGUGCCUACAUUCUCUUCGCCAUUCAGGUGCUCAUCGAAGUGCUGCUUCCACCUUUCGAUCACCUCACGUUUGUCCGUCAGGAGGGUCCCGUCCUUAUCCCUGCAACUUUCGGCUUGCGGCACGUUGCCUUUGCGGGAUGCGUUGAGCUUCUGGUAGAACUUACGUGUUUCUUGUGAACGGCACAGCAGUUCCAUUUCCUCGCACUCCGCUUCUUCCAAGCGGCGCUUUUUCUUCCGGAAGAGACGGGUCUGCUGCUUCCGCUUCUGUCUGUAUCGCUCCACAUUCUGUCGGGUUCCGUACUGCAGCAUUAUCGUCCUCGCUGAGUUCUUCUCCUCCAAAACCGCUCUGCACUCUUUGUCGAACCAUUCGUUCUGUCGAUUCAGUUCCGCGUACCCGAUGGUGCUCACGGCUGCGUCGUUGAUGGCUGCCUUCACCGUACUCCAGCAGUACUCUAGAGGGGCCUCAUCGAGCUCGCCCUCGUCUGGCAACGCGGAACCGAGAUUCUGCGCGUAUGCUGAGGCGACAUCCGGUUGUUUCAGUCGCUCUAGUUUGUACCGUGGCGGUCGCCGGUACCGUACAUUGUUGUUGACGGAGAGACUUUUAGGCACAGUUUGUCCAUUACCAGAUAGUGGUCGGAGUCGAUGUUGGCGCCACGAUAGGUCCUGACGUCGAUUAUGUCGGAGAAGUGCCGUCCGUCAAUCAGGCGGCAUCCAUUUAUUACGUAACGCUAAAAUCGACAUUUUUCGACCCCCCACCCCCUCCCCCCUCCGUAACGCUUUUUUGUAUGAAAACCCGAAAAAUUUUGUAUGGGCCGUAACGCUUGGCCAUACUCCCCCCCCCCUCCCCCUACAGCGUUACGUAAUUUGUGGAUGGCGCCUCAGAACGUGGUCGAUUUGAGAUUCCGUCUGCUGUGUGGUGAUCUCCAGGUGUAACGAUAAGGGAGGCUGUGUUGGAAAAAGGUGCUACGUAUGGCCAUAUUUUUGGAGGCGGUGAAAUCAAUGAGUCGUAGGCCGUUUUCGAUCGUUUGCUGGUGGGCGUUGAACUUACGGUCUGAAUUCCUCCUCCUGGCCUACUUGAGCGUUUAAAUCUCCUAUGAUGAUCUUGACGUCGUGGCUUGGGCAGCGAUCGUACUCGCGUUCGAGCAAUGCGUUCUUGUCAUCAGUGCUUCCGGAGUGAUGGCUGUGUACGUUCAUUAUGCUGAAGUUGAAGAAUCGGCCCUUGAUCCUCAACCUGCACAUUCUUUCGUCGAUCUGCCACCAACCGAUCACGCGCCUCUGCAUAUCACCCAUCACGAUGAAAGCUGUUCCCGUGUGUAGCCACAGCUCUGGUGAAUGGUAUGAUUAGCUCUAAACGUUCGCACCAUGGAUCCUGUCCAACACACCUUCUGCAGCGCUACGAUGCCGAACCCGCGGUCCUUCAGUAGAUCGGCGAGUAUGCGGGUGCUCCCAAUGAAGUUGAGAGAUCGGCAGUUCCACGUACCGAGUUUCCAAUCGCAAGUCCUUUUUGUUCGCUGGGGUCGUUGCCGUUGGUCUCGGUUCGUAUUAUUCUGUUGCUGAUUUUCCGUUUCAAUGUUUUUUUACGGCUGGCUCGUAGGGUCUGACACCAACCCCCUACUCUCCGGAGGACCAUAGUGCACAGUUGAGCUUAGAGUCCUUCUCUGGCACUCGGACGUAAAUCAGCCGCCCUUAACAUGGGGAUCAGACGCGGUUGUGAGCCGCUCCUCCUGGAGAACAGUCGCUCAGGUUUGCCGAAGCAAACCCUCCUUCCCUGUCAGCCUACGACCAAAGUUCCCACCGGGGUUGGUUACCCGAUCUUCCCUAAGAUUGCUCAAAGUUUCCGGCCGGUACCGCGAGGAGGUAGGGAUAAGAGUUGCUGGGCAGAGGCUAGUGGAUCACCAUGAGAUCUGAAUUGCGCAGCAUACCCAGCCUUUACCGUGCCGUGGAUUAAUCACAGAGGUACUGAUUAUAAGGAACGAAUUUCUGUAAAACAACUUACCGCUGGGAUCAGUGCUUGAGGCCCAGUAUGCAGUGUGUGGCAGGUUCCUUCGAAAAUAGUGUCCUGUUGCCACAUCCGGCAGUUUUUGCGUUAGUUUAGGCAAUUUAUCAGCGAUGUUUGAUGGUAGAGGUGUAUGUUUUGAUGGAAAUGAUGUGAAUAUAGUUGCAAAUCAUAGUCGGAGCACGCUGAUUGAUGUAUCUUUAUUUGAGAGACUUUCAGCCCUUGGCUGGUUCGUUUCUUCUCUCGGAGCACGCUAUGCAACGAGAAGCAGCCCAUUUGAUAAGUGUCUGACCCAAUGACCCACUGACAGAAUUUCUUCUGUGAUCUCUUCAAGAAUUUCUUUAGGAUUUCUUCCACGAUUUUCUUCUGAGAUUCCUUCCUAGAUUCUUCCAGUAAUUCUUUCCUGAAUUUUUUCAUAGUUUUAAUCAAAAGUUUCUCCAAGAGUUUCUCCUGGGAUUUCUUCAGAAAUUCAAAUUAAGAGUUCUCCAGGAAAGCCGUUCUUGAUUCCUCAGAGAAAUUCAUGCGGGAUUCGUUCAAAAAUUUCAUCUGAAAUUCCUCUAAGAGUCUCUACCAGGAUUCCUUAACGACUUUUUUCGGGAAUCCUCCAGGAUCUCUCUCUCAAAUUGAUUUUCUUGACUCCUCCCGUUAUUUCUUCAGACUUCUGCAAAUUGUUCUGACAUUGCUUUAGAAGUUCAUUUUGGAAUACCUUCAGAUGUUUCUUAUUAAAAUCCCAGAAAGUCCUCGAGGUGUUAAUUUCGGAGUUCCUUAGCCUUCCGAAACACGCGUGAUUGGCCACCGCCGCCAGCACCACGCUUAUGCUGAGAACAAAAAGCGAGACUUUUCAACGUGUUGUACAAAACACAACAGCGCGUUCACUCGAAAGUUAAGUUCUUCAUGGAAUUACUUAUGGAAUUACUCCCUAGUCCAGGCGUUACAUAUGGAAUUCUUUCCUGAGAUUCUCAUGAAAUUCUUACAGGAAUUCCUUAAGUAUCUUCUACUAAAUGUUUAAAUGAGUUCCCAGAGGAGUCGCUUCUGCGUUUGCUCCAAUAGUCGUGACAAUGUGUUUCAUUCUAGAAAUCCCGGAAAACAACUUUUGAAGACAUUGAAAAGGAAGGAAACUCUUAUAGGAUUCAGUACAGAAAUCUUAGAAGGACCUCUCCGGAAAGUAUUGCUUCCUGGAGCUACUGGAGGAAUUCCAGAAGAAAUUCCCAGAGAAAUUCCGUAAAGCAUCUCUGAAGAAAUCCCGCGAGGAGUUCCUGCAGGAAUCCCGGAAAGAUCUCAUGGAGGAAUCCCACAUGGAACCUCUUUAUGAAUCUUAGAAGAAACUUCUGAAAGAACCUGCAGCAAACUUCUGAACGAAACCUCAAUAAAUUCCUGAAAAAAAUUGGGUUACUCUGGAGUCACGAUCAAAAUUCCUAGCAGGUUCUAGCAAAUUUCCCAGAACGCUUUAAAUGAGCCUCACCUGAAAAUCUCGGAUUGGGCGAUAUUUUGGCCAGGAAUUCAACAGCUCUAAGAAUUUCGAUGCUUUUCGAUACAGAUGUUUUCCAUAAAACAACACGCUUGACUUGAUAGCUUAAGUGCUUGUAGGAUGUUCUCUCAUAUACAUUAGAAGACACACAGUCUGGUCUGAAUUAACAUCGACUUAUUACAACCUGAAUCUCAAUGAUUUUCCCUCCAGUUAUACUAGAUCCCAAAUCCCAAUCUUUUCAAAUUCUUUCAUAAUAACCAGUUCUAUAAUAAUGAUUUCAGAUGCUGCAUUCCUAAGAAUUACGUCAUAGCAAACGGGUGGUGGAUUCGACUGAUUUAAGUACAGAGAACAGAUAAAUAUGCUGUAACCAAAUUUUCGGUAAAGGUAAAAAACCACAGUAUCGAAAUUAACGAUGACUUCUUCACUUAAAAAUUUGGUUCGGCAUUGAUUUACCAAUACGCAGUCAGUGGUUUGUGUUUCAACUGAUUCUUCCUUGAUAUUUAUGCAACCCAUUCCCAAGCAGCACACAUUUUACAAACACGUGUCGACAGCGCAAAUUUUUGGUUGCACAGUAGCUACAUUCGUGUAAUGCUAACCCAAAGGCAAAUAACUUGAAAAUGACUUGUGUCCAACCAAAACCCUGCGCUGUCGAUACUUGUUUGUAAAAUGUAAGCUGCUUGGGUUGGCCAUGGUGUCACUGCAUGAGCUUGGACGUCUGUUCUCUGUGAUUUAGACUCACUAUGAGUAACAUAGUCGACUACAUUUAAGCAAAAUUACUUGCAGAAUUGGACGAGAGCAGUUUGGAUCGCUGCACGAUUCUCUGGGCUUUAGUACUGCCAAUUUUAUCCAGAUUCCCCUUAAGUGAAAUAAUCAAACUCAUGUUUCUGCUUGGAUUGUAAAACAGUUGAAUUUUUUUUACUUUUUUUAAGUAAAUCAAAUUGGAUGACUGCACGUUUCUGUGAACAGAUAUGCUGCUUGUCACGUAUUUCUGCUUGGAUUGUAAUGUUUCGAUUAUCAACUUAUUUAUGCGAUACUUUUCUGAUUAACGGUCCUGAAACACAUCGUUUUAGAGUAGAAAUCGUGGAAACUACGUAUAGGAAAAGCUCUAUUAGCGCAGUUCCAUAGAACUACCCAAAGAGCUGCGAAACAAGCGGAUUAAAAAGCAAUUUAAGAUCUAAGCUAGUCAAACCAAAGAGUGAUUUCAAAACUCUUUACGUGCACAUACGAAGCCAAAGUAUUAGCAGUAGAACACACUUGAAUGCCGCGUCGCAAAAUUGCAAAAUAAGUAGGUUAGGAUAGCUAGGGAAGAUUUCUUUCUUCAUUUUCUCAUUUCAUUCUAGUUCAAAACGGCAAUUCUUCCAUGAUUCGAGAAACUCAAAAUCCAGCUAUUGUACAUAAUGAAACCUUCACCCACGCGAGUUCGAGUAGCUGACAGUUCAAAAAUGUGUAAAUGGGGGAAACAAAAGUGUGAAAUCCGAAAAUCCCCGUCCGAAGAAACAAAUUUGUGUCAUCGCUGUUGUUGAUGUUGAGCCCCGUGAUCGACGGGCUAGACCAAGUCGAUCAAACCAAAACCAAAUAGAUAUUACCAAAAAAAUAAUAACCUACUAGAACUAGGUGAUUAGUGAUAUGGAAUCAAUUUCCCCUCCCUCCGUACUCGUAAGUUAAGUCCUGUGAAUCAUUAGCGAAAUGUGAAACACUCCACAUAUCCUUAGCAGCUAAAACCGUUCCUUUCCUUGAUAAAUGUGAUCACAGCAAGAGUAAAACAAACCAAACGCUUAAUGUUAGAAGCAGAAUAAAUGACAAUUUCCUAUUGUUAGAGUCUAGAAAAAGAGAGAAUAAUUGUACUAUUUAACUUAAAAUAGGAAAAAUUGCAACUGGUAAUAGUUAUCAGUUCAGAGUGCUACGUUUAGGUGUUAAGUUUUAAGUAACUCAAUUGAAACCAAAAUCAACCAAACCGACUAAAUACAUUCCGAGGAAGAUUGACACAGAUUCUCGAUGGAGCCAGAGAACACAACUAAAUAGUUAUGCGAAAAUAAGACUGAUUAUUGUUUAUUUGAUAUGUGUGACGGAAAUCAUGCGAAGCGAAGCAGAAAGUCCAAGACUCGUGUCGGACGGUCAGACGUACAAGCGCAGGGUGCGAAGUAUCGAAGGCACAAAGAUAAAAUUAAUUUUCGAUGGUAUUUGAAGAAGCAUGCAUGGUUGAUGAGAAACCCAAAAGCAAAUAAUUCAUUCAUAAUCGAACCGAUCGAAUCACUCUUGCCCAUAUCUUAUGCUCACUAACACACACAAAACAAGACAAAAUACCGAACAAUCCUGAUAUAAGUCAGAUCUAUUGUUAUACGACUACUGGUACCUCUCCCCGAUAGUUGAAAGACACUUUCUUCUCCAUUCGUUAUUAAUCUUUGAAACAAAGACACACAAAGAAAGUAAAAAAAAAUGGUGCGUGGAAACAACAAACAAGACGAAAAUCCUAGUCAAAUAUGAAUCUCUCUAUUUUGUACAGAACCUACACUCACACACACGAGAAAUUAAAAACAAAACUGAACCACUACCAUUGUUAAAAUGGAAAUGGGUUGAUACUACCCCUUCAAGAAGGAGAAGACAUCACAGAUAAACAAAAUAAAACAGUAGGUCUAUGAUUGUUCUUUGUUGUGAAUAGUUUAAACAACCGUACGAGGUGAAACAUGACAGACAGCAAACCAAAACAGAGCAAACUGAAAAUACAACUCGAUUUAAAAGAAA